AUGCUUGAAUCCGAUCUAGACGACAGAAGAGAUCAAACGACAUCAAGUAAAGACAAGAAGAAGCAGAAUAAUAAUAAUUACUCUACUGGUGGUGAUUCUUAUCAAGCGUUAACAAGUAGUACUUGUGGUCCACGUAACGCUGAAAGUUUAAAUAGUUUGGAAAACGCAAGUGAAUUGGACGUUACAAAAGUUAGUGUGGAGAAUUUCGACAAAAAAGAAGAAGAAGAGGGUGGUGAGAGUGAUAUUUUUCAAGAUCCACACGAGAACGACGAGGACGAGGAGGAAAUGACGAUUAUGAAUGAUGAUAAUACAGAUGUUAGUGAAGGUGAAGAAGAAGUGAUGGAACACACAAUUGAUUUUUCAGUCAAUAGAGCUACAGUUACGAAAGCAGGAGUGAUUCCAUGCUGUGUAUUUGUGGGUCGAGUACGGUGGGGAACAACGGACUGGGAGGUCUAUUUUGGACAGAAACAACUAUUACGGCUUCAUCUUCACUUGCAUCUGUAUAUUCUAUUUACUCAACAUAAGUUCAUGCGAGGAGCACAUUUGCCAUGGACAAUUUGGCGUGAAAAACGUGCGGAAAAACGAGUGAUGGACGUGGAUGUGGUGCAAACCUAUAUUAGGGAUUUGCUACGAGACAGAGAAUUAAGAAAUUCCGAGCCGCUGUUAUCGUUUUUAGAGGUGAGUCCAUCAAGAGCAAUGUUACGACUUGGACCGUCACUUAAGGAAGGAUAUGUGCACAUGCGUAUUAACGGACCAUUUCAGCUGCCUCUGUACACGUGUUUCAAUCGCACUAUUGAGGCGUUAUACCGGCAUUUGUACCGUGCUUGGAUGCGCAUUGCAUUCGUAUCAGCUAUUGUAGGCUUUAUUUUUCCAGUGUGUCUUGUGAUUGUAACGAGUCUUCCGACUUUCUUUUCUCCUCAAAAGGAGCUGGUGAACUCUGAAUCGGGUACUAAGGAGGUGUCGACAAAGUUGAAUACAGCUGGUGUAUUCAUGGGUCUAGCUGUUUUAGCGGGCAUUAUUUUCUUUGCUGGGUUCGUAUACAAGUUUUUCCAGCAUCGACUUGGUGUCAUUCGGCGCUGGGUUGUACUGAAACCUUCGUGCUUUGCUGCGUACCGAAAUCGCAAUGACCGCGAGCCAAGUGAGGUGUUUUUGUUUGAUAAAACAUUUACAGCUAGGAAAGGUAGCUACAAGCAAGGAGUGAGCUGGAUGCCGAGUGGUUUGGUUGUUGGCAGUAAAGCUGGUGAUAUUGAAAUUGACACUGGUCACUAUUACACUCGAUUAACAGCUUUUAUAGCGCUUAUGGGAGUUUGCUAUGGGAUCAUGCGUUUGUCUAAUAGCAUUUACAACUUCGAGAACGUUACUUUGGACAAGAGCUUGGGCGUGCCAAUUACGAACGCUUUAGGAUACGAGAAUUGGACUGAGAAUGCCGAUGUUAAGUAUUGUGGCUUCUAUUUUACGGUACCCGAAGGCGUAACGGUGUACGUCGAGAGUGACGAUGAAAAAGCUGUUAUCUCGCAACUCCAGAUGCCGUCCUCAAAUUCGAUGACAGCGAAUCUCGGAUACUUUUGGCAAAGUGAUAGCAUGGGCAACAGUCUGAGCGUGAUCACGAACGCAGUCGGAGCAGGCACGAUGGUGAGUGUGGUGAAGCCAAUUGAUGCUGAAAAUGACCGGUUUCUUGAAUCAGGCACAAACUUCUCGCUGCCAACUGUUGGCAACCUGACCCUGGAAGGUGUCACCACUGACAUUGAUGUGCAGAGCUUCGGUGAUGUUGAUAGUUUUUGUGUGAUUUCCACGCACAUCGCGCCUCUCACGUGGCGGUCCUACGUGUACUACGCGCUGUUCUUAUUUGCAGGUGGCGUAAUAGCGCCGGUAGUUGGUUUCCUGGCUAAUUAUUUUGUAACGUUUCUUGGAAUAUGGCAUCCACAUGUGCGAAGGGACCAUUGGUAUCGAUGCGUGCGGCGCCUGCAGAAGCUUAAGCGUCAGGAGACGUCUACGCGAUUUAACUCCUUUGCCCCACAGCACAUCAGCACAGUAGUUGACGACGAUUCCGCCGCAAUUAAUGCUAAAGCAAAGGCUGCUAGUUUACCGCUAGGAAGUACUCCUACGAGUGCGAUCAACCAGGUGGUGGAGUCGAUAGUGAAAUGUGAAGCGGGUGCCGUACAUAUAGGCGCUGAAAAUUUGGCGCCUACGUCUACGCGUGCUAACAGCAGCACACAAUCGGAGGAAUCGUUCGAGGUCCCAUUACCGAAUCCUAGCGCUGUUUGCUGGCAUGUGGAUGGUGAAGACACGUAUGCAGCCAUGUUUCAAGCAAUUUCCAGCGCAAAGUAUGAGAUUCUGAUUGCUGGAUGGUGGGUGUGUCCGGACCUGUUUUUGCUCCGUCCAGGCCGAAAGUUGCACCCUCGUGAUCCUGACGAAGAUUCCAACGGACAGCAAGUGAACAAGACGAUGCUGCGUCAGUUGCUGAUGAAGCGAGCUGAGGCUGGUGUGAAAAUUUACGUGCUCAUUUAUCGUGAAGUGAAGCUGGCACUUACGCUGAACAGCGCCUAUACAAAGCGCAGUCUGAUGGUGCACCCUAACAUUCGGGUUCUGCGUGAUCCGAUAUUUCAGAUUCAAAGUCUAGGAUUCUGGUCGCAUCAUGAGAAGAUUGUUUGUAUUGACCAGUCUCUGGCGUUUGUGGGCGGCUUGGAUUUGUGCUUUGGUCGAUACGAUCACAAAGGGCAUCCGAUCAGUGACCCAAGUGACGAUCCUGUCUGGCGAGGCAAGGACUACUCGAAUCCGAUCAUUAAGGAUUUUGUUCGAGUGAACAAGCCGUUUGAAGAUCUAAUUGAUCGGUCUUCACAGCCGAGAAUGCCCUGGCAUGACGUACAUUGCAGUAUUUCUGGUCCACCAGUCCAGGAUGUAGCAUAUCACUUUAUCCAGCGCUGGAACUUUGUGUGCUCUAAGAAUGAUUAUCAGCUUCGAACGGGCUGGUGUAUAUGCUUUCGUUCGCGGCGAUUUAAGUUCUUGCCGAAGUGUCUUGUUCCUAUGGACUUUAACGGAUGGAUGCUACAAUAUCCAUCGUCAGAUCCGGAAGCGCUGCGGGAUGGAUCUACGCGGACAACUAUUCCCCUCGUUCGUGAGGACUCGUUGAGUAUGGAACCGUUUCAAGUGGUGCAGUCUGUAAAUCCUAUGUAUCCGUGUGCUGCCACAGGCCCCCAGUGGCCGCCAGCCGCUUCAUUGCACCCGUUAAAUCCAAUUCGACCACCCGUUACGAGUGCGUCGAUAACGACGGGUCGAUUAGAUGAUGGUGAAGUGCUUUGUGCUCAGCGCGGGGAGUCCAUUUUUCAUGUGUUUCAUCCAAACGCUAAUUUUUGCAAUGUCCAGGUGUGUCGCUCCGUGUCCAUGUGGUCAGCGGGUGUGCCUACGGAAGCUAGUAUUCAGGCUGCUUACAUGGAUGUGAUUGCGAAAUCAAAGCAUUAUUUGUACAUUGAAAACCAGUUCUUUGUCUCAGGCAUGGAUGGCAACGGCAUAGUACGCAAUCGUAUUUUGCAAGCGUUGGUGGACCGCAUCGAGCGUGCAGUGCAGCGUGACGAGAAAUUUCGAGUGUAUGUUGUCAUGCCACUUCUUCCCGCAUUCGAAGGCAACGUACGCAGUCAUGAGCUCACGAAUCUCCACGCAGUAAUGCACUGGCAGUUUGCGACGAUUUGCCGUGGUCGCUAUAGUCUAUUCGAAGCGUUAAAGGGAGUGACAAAUCACCCGGAGAACUACGUGGCAUUCUUUGGGUUGCGCAAGUAUGGCAUCAUGCCUAACGGAUGCGUGGCCACUGAGCAAAUUUACAUUCACAGCAAGCUCAUGAUCGCAGAUGACCGCUGUGUUAUCAUUGGCAGCGCAAACAUCAAUGACCGCAGUAUGAACGGAGACCGCGACUCAGAAAUUGCUCUCGUGGUUGAAGAUAUGCAGUAUGAGGACGGCAUGAUGAAUGAGAUGCCAUAUCGGCGAGGUGUUACGGCCAGCAAGCUUCGCUUACAGCUUUUCCGCGAGCAUCUAGGUCUAUCUGAUGAUGAUGUCUCAAUUGCGGAUCCAACGUCAGAUCGGACAUGGCAGUCGAUCAAGUUUACUGCCUCAAGCAAUACCAAGAUUUUUGAGGCUGUGUUUGAUUGUGCACCAUCCAAUCGCAUGCGUGGGUUUGUGAAUUUUCAGAGCAUUGAAGUGACGCAGAUCUUCGAAAAUCAGCGUUUAAAUGUGCUCAAGGUACCGGGGCGAUCGCAUUUGUGGGACGCUAACAAUCUAAAGGAGGGAGACUACGCACCGUGGACUGAUGUCAACGGUGUACCUAUUGCAGCGGAUCGUGUUGAUCUGAGAGACUUUGAGGUGGAUAUUUACAGAGAUCGAAAGAAGAAGUUGUUUUCCAUGGACCACGAUGGCUGGUGCUAUGCGCGUAACUUUUCCGUGUUCCAAGAGGUUCGCACUAUGAAGACUGACUACAAGAAACGUGAAAAACUCCAGCAUCUCGUAGCUGAUAGAUUGAUGGCCCAAGUGCGACGACGUCGGUGGGACAAGAAGGGUUCGCUCCCGCCACGUCCUGAUCCUCGCGAUAGCUCCUUCAGCAUAGCUAGCGAUGACGAGGAACAUGGGCGGUUUCACUCCAUCUGGCGAAGACUUCAGCAAGGUGAUUUUAGUCGCUCGAACUCCAUUAGCAUGACUCCAUCAAACUUCAGUCAACUGGACUCGGGAGGUGGAAUAGCUGGUAGUUCGAGUGGCGGAGGCACGGGUCGCGGUCAUCGGCUAUAUAAUUCGACGUCGAUGCCAGAUAACAAUGCGUCAUUGCGGCCUGCGGUACUUGGUGAUGCACUGUCAUACCCGAACUCCCCGAUGUCUCAGCCGACGUCUCAUAGUCCUUCUGUGAAUGCGAUUAUAAAUGUACCUCGCAGUGCGGGACCGCGCGCACGCGCAUCUUCGGUCCAAGGUACUGUUCGUAAGGUUCGAGCUCGCCGUAAUACUCGAAGCGGACGAGAUAGCCCCUACGGCUUGUUCAGUGUGGGCGGUAUUCGACACGCCGAUACCGAUGAUGAAGCUAGUGAUGCGGGCAGUGAGAAUGGAGGAGGUUUCGGCAUCGGCGCGUCUCUCAAGCGAUGGUAUUCUACGGUGGACGUGCUGGACUUUGGUCGUCGCUCAAAGUUUAACGCUGAGUACUUUGAUACGGACGAGGACAAUUUGCAUAAUGAUGAUCCGCUGUUGGAGGAUGGAAGGGGCAGCUACCAUGCUGCGACUCGCGAAGGUCGUCUUUCCGAAAAUGGAGAAGAAGAGGAAAAUGAAGAAGCCGAUUGCCAGAUCGGUCACGUUCAGACAGCAGCCACGGUUCGGAAGGAGGAUGAAACGCGAGCACGUGACCAGCUCUCGGAGAUCCGUGGUCAUCUUGUGGAAUUUCCAUUGGACUUUUUGGUUGAAGAGAUUCUCAAGCCGUCGGUUCUACCUGCCGACAUUCAUAUUUAA